UAUGUUUCAUCAUUGCAGAAUGAACGCAAAUUUUAUUCACCAACUAGUGAUCAUGGCAUGACAAUACAAACACCUAUGCCCGAGAAAGAGGAGGCCCCUGCCACCACAACUCUCAACAGCGGAGGAGAAGAGGAGGAGAUGAGAGAGGGAAGAGGGGCCAUAUUGUACCCGCCGCCUUGUCACCGGAGAAGCAGAAGGCUUGCGGCCACCGCCACACCACCAGAGAAGGGGACCUGUGAUCUACUAGAUUACAUACCAAAUAGUGGUUGGAGGCAUGGACGUCGUGUGAGAAGUGGGCGUGAGAGAGGAACAUGGUGGAUAAACAUAGCACCAUGCUCCCGGGACUUGCAUGCAAGUGAAGGCCAAACACAUCGGAGCAAAAGAAACAAUGACCAUUGGACAUCUGAAGAGGUGAAAGAACUAGUGGAUGGCGUAUCUGUAUAUGGGGUUGGACCAUGGACUAAGUUGAAGAAUGAAAGGUUUCCAAUAUCAGUUCGAACAGCGGUGCAUCUUAAGGAUAAGUGGAGAAACCUAGUGAAAGCCGUCACGGGAAAUGAGAAAAGAAGGAUCACGCCUCGUCUAGAUAAGGAUUGCGUCGAAAAGAUCAAGAGGCUAGCAGCUGAUUACCCUCGAAAAUGAAGUGAAACAUCAUACAGUACUUUCGGUGUAGCAGUGACCCCGCAACAAGAGUUCUGUAAUUUUUCCAGAACUGCGAAGCAUAGGCGGUCAUAUUAAGUGCGUCGAGAGUAGAGUAGAUUGAACCAUUUGGAUGGAGCAGCUUCUAUCUUCUGCCUAACUGCCCCGUGAAUGGGAAUAGCGCUCGCUCCUCCGACCUGUUGGCUUGCCGGUUUUGCUACAGUGCUGUAAUUAG